GAGUUUCGGUGAAUGUAUUCGAAAACAUUGAGAGCCUCGAACAAAUCACAUCAUACCAAAGCCAUUGCCAUUGUCCAAAUCGAACAAGACCCACUUCCAAUCAAUUCCUCCAGAAUCUCACUCUCUUCAUCCUUUUGUUUUUAUUAAUAAUACCCCUCUCUUUAAUUCCUUUUUCUCGCUCACCAAACACAAAGCCACCACCAUAAUGAAUUCUUUGAAAUCGUUAAUCACCAACCAACUCAACCCCUACUGUUUCUUCACCGAUUCUUGCUUGUGAUUGUCGUGGUUUUUUUUAUUGGAAAAAGAAUAAAGAAGUUUGGUGAUUUGUGGGGUCUUGAUUACAUGCACCAUGUGGGGCACGUGAAACAAAGGAGAGUGUUAGUGUCACAGUGAGAGAGCCAAAAGGCAGGUGGUGGUGUUCGCGAAGAUGAUGUUAGGCCAGGUGGUGAAGGUUCAAAAAGAGAGGAUAGCGGCAUGCAUGACCUGUCCUCUUUGCAACAAGCUCUUUAGAGAAGCCACUACUAUCUCUGAGUGCCUCCAUACUUUUUGCAGAAAAUGCAUAGACAUGAAGAUAAGUGAUGAGGAGUUGGAUAGUUGUCCAGUUUGUGAUAUCAAAUUAGGUUGUUCUCCACUUGAGAAGCUCAGGGCAGACCACAGCUUGCAAGAUUUAAGGGCUAGAAUCUUCCCUUCCAAAAGAAAAAAGGCCAGGGAACCUGCAACGGUUUCCUCAGUCCCAGAAGCUGUGCCAGUCCAAGAAUCUGAGCACUCAGUUCCAUUGAUAGGCAGAAGAAAGGAGAGAUCUCUCUCUUCAUUGGUAGUCAGCACACCUAAGAUAUCUGUCAAGUCUGUUCUGACAGGAAAAAGAUCAAAAUCUGUAGCUAGAAAACGAGAAUCUCCCAUUCCUGUUGAGGAACAGAUUAAGAAAGUGGACGAUUACUAUGAGAGUUUAAGCUCUCCUGAGACUCUAAGAAAAAUUGCACAAACUAAAAGGCAGAAUUCUUCUACUGCUGAGUCAUCCAAACAACAGAAGCCUAAUAAAUUAGAUGUAGAGAAUGAUGUUAAACCAUGUAAAGAGAAAAUUGAUUUGUGGAAACCCUUAAAUUGCUUGGUUGAAGCUGCAACCAAAACAAAGUCUAAUAAGUCAGACUUACAGGAAAUUAUUGUCCAAAUAAAGAAGCUUGAUGCCCAGGAGGAAGAAGCUCAAGCACUCAAAACCAGCAUUAAGGAGCAUGGUGAUAAAUCAAAAGUUAUCGGUGAAGAAUCUAACUCAACUUCAUCACCUUCAGGUUCAGUUAAACCUAGAAGGCUGCAAGCCAUGCGACAAAAAAGAGAGGGAUUUAAUAUCCCAGCACGGGCUGCUGUUGAAGCAAACAGUAAUUGUGACAGAAGAUUUAGUCCAAUUUGGUUGUCAUUAGUUGCUUCUGAUGAAGAGGAAGGAGUUGCGCCCUUGCCACAGAUAUCUUCUUGCUACUUGAGGGUUAAGGAUGGUAGUUUGCCUGUUUCACAUAUAAAGAAGUAUCUUGUUCAGAAGCUGGGUCUUGUCAGUGAGGCUGAGGUGGAGAUCUUAUUGCUUGGUCAGCCAGUGGCUUCAACGUUGCAGCUGCAUAACUUGGUAGACUGGUGGUCGCAGACAGCUUCAGCAUCUGAAAGAAUACAGACAACCGUAGGCAGUUCAGCUGAAGAUUUUGUAAUGGUUCUCUCAUAUGGUCGUAAAGUCAGCCUCCAAAAACAUCUCGCUACGGCGGCAGAAUUCCAUCUCUAGCAACAGUGAUCUUGGUCCAGGUGGUCGGAAAUAGGAGCCUGUUUUUUUAAUCUAUUUUUCUUGUAAUCAAAGAAUAUCAGACAAGGUAGAAACUAUAGAAGUUAUAAACGGAUUUAGAUUGUUUAUGAUUAUCUAAUUUGGAUCCACGGGUUAAAUUUAAAACCAGCAUAGCUAGGAUUCAUGCUACUCUCGAAACAAGUUGGGAUGGCCUUAGAAACAUUUGGCAAUGGCAAUCAUGGGCUAGAAUGGUGAAUUGGUCGUCAUUUUACAUGGGACGUAUGAGGUUCAUGCUGACUAGCGAAGAUCCAAAAGGACCUUGGAAGUCCCAGGAUGUGCUUGUCAGGUCAGUCGUGAACGUUAACGAAAGCUAAACCCUGGAGAUUUCACUAUAGCAACC